AUGAAAAAUGUGCCUUAUGCAUCUGUAGUGGGUAGCUUGAUGUAUGCUCAAGCUUGCACCCGUCUAGACAUAUGUCUAGUAGUUGGAUUAUUGGAUCGCGAUCAAAGUAACCCAGGAUUUCAACAUUGGAUAGCCGCAAAGAAGGUGAUGCAGUAUUUGCAAGGAACCAUGGACUACAUGCUAACCUACAUGCAUACAGAAAAUUUGCAAGUGGUUGGCUAUUCAUAUUCAGAGUUUGCCGGUUGUGUAGACACCAAAAAGUCUACUUCCGGAUAUAUCUUUCUUCCUGCUGAAGGAGCUAUAUCUUGGAAGAGUACGAAGUAA